UCUUGGCUGGAACACCACUUCGCAGAGCGGCAAGAUUGCAAGCGAAAGCGAAACCUCUGGCAGUCCGUCUGGUGACUUUCGAGUGAACGGUACCCCCCGAACCUAGUGCGCUCCGGUUUUCGAAAAUCCCUCCUGGUCGUUUCGAGGGGACGAUUUUGAUGUUGUUGUGCCCAGAUAGUUGCUUGAGGAGUAUUUGUUGGAGAUGGUAUCAGUGCUAGUUAAUCAAGUGAAGGACCUCUCGGUAUUCUCGGCGGAUGACCUACAAGUGCGGUUUCGUUGAUGUUGAUCAGAUUCUAGUUUCAAAGUGGCAUGGGGGUAGGCUUAAGCCAGUGUUGACUUAUGUAACGUGACUCCCCCGUGAUUGAUCACCGAUCGCUUCUGAAGGAGAGAUAUGUUUUGAUUUCGGAGAAGUGCCUCUAGAGGCAGUAAAUUUCGUACGCUACGGGUUUGAAAUCAGUGCAGUAGGGUUUCGACUCUGACUUGUGAUUGUUGAUUCUACCGUGCCGGACCGUAAACCGAGUGAUGAGAGAUGAGUGCAAACAACAUUUUGAAGAAGGUCCAGGAAGAUUCUGAAACGAGAAACGAGUUUCACGUCAUGAUGUGUGAAGUGAACUGCUUUUGCCUUAAGGAGAAAGAAGGCUGCUAGGUGGUUUGGUUGGUUGGUUGCUUGCUUGCUUGGUCCAGGGCACAGUGGAUAAGCCCACACUCGCUGGCAACGCGCCACCGCAGGGGGAAGAAGAUUUAGAGCUGCAGCAGCAGCAGCCUCCGCAUAUCGGAUGCGUCGUAUAUGCUAAUGAGUAUCGACAAGUCAAUAAAUUAUGAACGCACCACUGAAGACGGAUGUUGGUUGCCGUGGAGAAGAGUUCUGAGCGCCUCCCGAGUGCGGUGCAUCUUGGUUCGACACGGUUAGAAGUGGAUUUGAAAAUUGAAAGUUGUGAAACGAGAAUUGCAACUGCAGUUGAAUGGUGUGUUAUUGUGGUAUAACUAAAGAGGGAAGGAAAAUUGUAGUGAAUCUGUAAUAAACUUGCACCAAAAAGCGCCAAGUGGUACAAUAGUGACAAAUUGCAUUCCCCAAUGUAGAAGAUAAAGAGCCUUAGCGGAUUUAGUGAAUUUCCUACGCUCGAUGAAAAAGGCAUUGCUGGAGGUGUUGGAUUUUGGAAAAGGAGCUGCUGCCAUUGUGGAAGAUCAUCGCUAACGAUCGAUUGUGUGUUAAUUACCUGAUUAGCACCUAAAAACUCGACUGCAUCAACCGGCAGAUUCCACUUGCAUCAGGAUCAAAAAAAAAAGGAACACAACCUUCAGCAAACUGCACCGCGAUAACACAGAAGCCAGAGUGCAAACAUUGCAUCGCAUACAGUUUUGAAUUACGACUCACCGAGCUCUGGUGGCCACCAUUCCGAAAAGCUCGCCGUGGUUGGGGAAAAAGUUGCAAAACCGGAGCUGCUGAAAAAUUUCUUAAACCGGUGAAAACAACAAACACACAAACCGAGCCAGUCCGAGAAGAACCGGCGCGCCACCACCACGGCAGCUCCCAGUUGCAUUCGUAUGGAUAUGUGAACAGCCAUUGGACGACCGGUGGUGGCAAAAGCAACAACAAAAAUCUGUAUUCGCACAUAGCUCCACUGCAACCGAAAGAAGGAAGCGUGAAGCGAGAAAAAGCGCCAGGACCGGUUGAUUCCCAAAGGCGAGCGAUCGCGCACACACACACAUUCUCUCUCGCAGAUUCUUCAGGUAUUGGUUGUUGAUCCCAACUGGUUCUAGCGAUUCCUCCGCACAGUGUACGAUCCUCCCCAACGUGACUUGGACUGGAACCAACCCAACCAACACACAACAUUGAUUAGAGUGAGAUGGACCGUGAGCUCAGGUUCUACAUGAUCGCUCCUUCACCGGUCACCGUCGAUUACCAAUCGGGCUAAAAAGUGUAUCUAAUCACGGUGAAACAAUUGCAAUUGCAGUGAAAAGUGAAACAUUUAACCUAACGAAAAAACAACCGGCUAUUUCUGUCUCGCGAUUCGGUGGUACUUCAGAGGAAAAAGUGCAUGUCAAUCCAUAAAACCGAAACGAAAUGUACCCAUAGUUGAAAUAGAAACGUUUAGCGCCGUUUUGAUGUUUUUUUUUCGUGAAUAAAACCUUCGGAUCGGUUGGUUUAGUAGGAAAGAAGAAAGUGCUGCACAAAGCUGCUUUUUUUUAGGAAAAACAAUAAAAAAAAUAUAUAUCAUCUCAAAUUGCGUGCGUCAGCGUUGUGCGGCCAAGUGCUGCAGUUUAUGUGUGUUUUCACUUAUGUUGGCUGCUCACGUUGGCUGGCAGUAGUUUUUGGAAUUAACAUACCGCCAACUGGAGACGAACGCGAGUUGGUGGGCAGAAGAGCAAUUAAUUUGCCUACCUUCCUAUGAGUCGGGGGUUAGAAAACGGUUUUUAGUCGUUUGUUUGUUUUGGUGGACCACAGAGUGCAGGCAUUUCCGACGUGAACAACGGAGUUCAUGAAUACUGCCACCAUCCGGGUUACUUUCGAGGAAACGCACCUUGUGGAAUAAAAUCAAAAUCACGCGGUUUAUCACGAAGAUUCCAUCGGGCAACAACGGCGUAAAGAAGCCGCCCGUCAAGGGGAAAUGCCAACCUAAAUCAACGACGCGACGCACCACAACUGCCAGCCGCCUUAGGGAACAUACGAUCUAAGCUCCACUGGACGCAGUUCGGUUGCACUUGCACUUGCAACACACAACAACAACGAAAGUAAGAGAGUUGUAAUAACAGUGUUCGCACGGACGGGACACAGCAGGAACAGCCCCCCGGAGUGGCAGGUUAUUGUGCAGCUGGGCUGAAAUCAAGACCAAGAAGAAGAAGAAUAAGAAGAAGAAAAUUAAUAACCCCAUCCACCUGAGCAAAGCUAGUGCGGAGAUAUCAUAUCCAGCUUUUGAUCGUGGAAGUAAACCCGUCCCUCUUAUAGUGAAACCCAAGUGUAAUUGAGAGUGACCCAUAAAGAAGACAACACGUGCGAUCCCAGAACCGGUAGAUUUUGCUCGCUUAGAUGAGUAGUGGUAGUGGUAGGAAGUGCUGAAGAUCUGACGAACGACGUACAGCAUUAUCUAUGAGCGUUCCGGAUAGAAGUGCGAACCUUCCAGCUGUGUACGAACUAGAUCUACCGCAGUCGACGCACCAAAAUGAGUACAAAUUCGCCCGGAACGCCGAAGAAAUGUCGGCUGAUACUGCAACAGUGUCUGGCCAUUCAGCUGACCAAACCGGGCAAUCCACCGGAGGACUUUUGGAUGUACGAUAGCGGUUACACGAUAUUUCAGAACUUUCUCUCGGCGAACCUGCAGUGCUGGUGGAAUGCUCCGCUGGCAGCCGCCACCAAAGUGCUCAAAUAUCUCGGCCACAUCUCGCCCGGAAUGCUGCUGAUAACGGCCGAACCGUGCGCCCUCGAGAUCAUCCGCAGUGCCUACGCAAGGAGUGUCCUCAAACCACCGGCCACCUAUCUGAUCAGUUCCCUAGGUGACAUUGACGAUUGCAUCGUGACACCGAUAGUGCAAACACAGUUCACGCCGCUCACCGAGGCGCUCUGCGACGUCAUCAUGGAGCUGACGACGCAGGGCCAGUCGGCCACGAUCGAGAACAUCCGAUCCCGGCUACGGACAAGAUUCACGCACAUGCAGCAGCCUUCGGUGGAGGUGAUUUACGAUACGCUUGUGCAGCUGAUGCAAGAGAUCAAAAUCUAUCAAACAUCCAAGGGGUAUUUCAUCGUCACGCCCGAGAAACGACGUAGUAAAUCGAAACAGAAUGAUUACAGCUUCGCAAGCGACGAAACGACCCCACCGCAGAAGGAGUCCAAGACCAUGCUGAUGAGUAGUCACGAGGCGCUGCGUAGUUUGUACGGUGAGAUCUCGACCGAGCGGGCUGGCGACCAGACCCAUCAGUGCAUCCAAACAAACCUGGCGGAUGUGAUUUGCGGAGGCAAUCCGAACGAUAAGAUCAUGUACGCACGGUCCAACACCAACAGCAAGCAGCGCAGUGCCUCCCUGGCCGGUAGCAACAAGACCCUGGAACGGCGACACAGUCUGCGGAUCUUUGGCUCUUCGAAGCGACUUCAGCGAUCCGCUUCCACGAGAAGUCUAUCCAAGAACUACGCACAAACGAUCGCCAAGGACAGUACACCGUCGCCAUCGCCGGUGGCGACAAGUUCCAGCUCGGAGAAUCAAUCCAAUUGUGAUACGAAAAAACAAACGUCUUCCCAAUCGCUGCUAUCGAGGAUCUUCAGGCGCAGCACUCGAUCGAAGAGCAAAUCGAAACCGAUCGAGACCUACUCGGCGCAGUUUCCACCGCCGGAGUGGUUCAACUCAAAAACGACACACCUGCACAGUGUCGGCACGCAGACCAUGGACUACGUGGACAUCCCGGUCAAGUCCCGCCUCGUGAACUCCACAUUCUACGAUAGCUCCGACGUCAGCCAGCGAUCGUUGUCCCUCCCCAGGCGACGCCAUCACCGGAGGAACCUAUCCAGCGAGUCUACCUUCUUCAUAUCGUCCCGCGACUGUUCACCGGUCCGUCGAGGCAAGUCACCUUCCUACUACUGCGGUAGUCUACCGCGAUCGAUCCACUCGACACCGGCCAGUUCCGGGUACUACAAGGUGUCCCGCAGCAAGCAACUCUCGUCGGCGGACAAACUGCACAGCAACAGCCAGAACAAGAUCGAACACAAAACUAGUCGCGUCGGUAGUGGUCCAUCCAGUAUCGACAGUGGUAAAAUGACCUACAUAACCUCCGGACCAUCCAGCUUCGAUAGCGAGAAGCUGUCGUCCACUCGGACCAGUACCCACUCGAGCUUGGAAUCGCACGUCUCGGCCGCAACGGUUACCACUACUAUACAGCAAACGACUACGUCUAGCUACUUCAUAGCGAACGAUACGAAGCCUUCGUACGUCAACUCAAGCGAAUCGAAGGAUCAACCGCCCUCGGCGGUCACCACCACUACGGCCAGCGCAUCGAAAUCAAACAACAGCAACCACUACAAGGGGUUUGAAACCACCUUUGGGUACAACAACCAAGCCAUCAACACUAGCACAAACCACCAUAGCAAUAGUAGCAGCACCCACAAUAGCAAUCUAGUUAAGAAUUCACUGAAUGCACUUUGUAAUGAAGCCAUUACGAAUAACGGCAUUUUAGCAGGUACCAAUACAAGCAACAUUUUAAAACUAGAUACCGACGUCCCGAACGGACCCAGCGACCAUCAACUGUCAAGUCUCAACGAAACCCUUCUAAGUUUCAAACUCCACUCGGAAGGUCCACCCGACCUACACGAACUGAACAGGUACAACAAGAACAUCAACAAACAGGAAAACGCUCCCAUGAACAAUAGUAAAACGUUGCCAUCGACGCCUCCAGUACAACCGGCUAAUUUUUUCUACAAAAACGUCCUCAAAAACAUCCAGCACGACGCUAAGAACAUCUGCGGAGACCUUGCCACAGACAAAGACCUCACUGGCUCACUCCUGGCCGCCAGCGAGCACCAAUCGAACCUGCGGCGAUCGAACUCCGAAAUCAAAAAGCUCAACUCGAACCUUGACCUCAAAAACCAACCCUCCUCGCCGGAGAAGAUCAGCGGACUGAUCAUGAUGAAGAAGAGCCUGUCCGUUUCCAGCGAACCGAAUCUCACCAAUCAGGUGCAGGAAACAACCACCAACAAAAUCACCAUCCUGGUCAAGGAUUCCGACAAACCGAACAACUCCGACCGGAGGUUCUCCUUCCAGAGCAAGGACGACCCAAUGAUCGAGGAAAUGUACGACUUCCCUAGUCUAACCGAUUUGAGCUUUAACUUCACUUCGCUGGCCGCGCAAAAGAUCCUCCAGGGCGACGCCAGCCUCAACAGUAUCGAUACGCUAGUCGAACUGAACAUCAACCAGGAGAAGCAACAAACCAUCAUGAAGCUGAAGCACGACGCCCGCAUGAUGGCCCAGGAAGCGCAAGACUCCGCUAAGGUCGUGACUGACUUCGGCAUGGUGUGAUGGGGACGGAAAGAAGGGCAGAUUAAAAUGAACGAAAACGAAAAAAUCAAACGAAUGUACAUUAAAACCCAAGUAUAAGUGCCAAUACAUUAAAAAAACAAAAGGAAUAUAUCUAUGUAACUAUAGGCUAUCAGCUAAGUAUUAUAUGGUAUUAUUGUAGUUAAAUGCUGUUAAUUAUUUGUAUUAUAUAAUGGAAUCGAAACGAAACGACCGGAUUACCGAACCGUACUUACGUGCAGGAACUUUUGGACGAUUUUAACAGUUUUAAAAGAUAAAACAAUGUAUACUUUACUGUGGUAAUAUCUUCAUAACAAAAGUACUGAACACAACAACCAGCACCCAUUUACAAAAAAAAUCGUACUAUCAGACUACCCACACACACACACACAUAGUUAUGUACAGCAACAAAUACAUGGUAUUAUAUGCAAUAAAGACCGAAUUAAACGCUAAAACAA